AUGGGUGAGGACACGGCCAGUCGGGCGGACAGCAGCAGCAGCCGGUGGUUGCGGCGCACUGACGCCGGGGACGAUGGAGGAGAUGCCGGGGAUGGUGGAGGAAUCCCCCGACUCUGUGGCACGUGGCUGGACCAUAUGUAUCGUCUGGAGCUGGCUGGAGGUCUGGGGGUCAUACUGUUGCUGCUGGGAGUCCUCACAGCACUUUAUAAGUGUUACAACCUGGAGAUCAUGCUCUGUUACAGGAGACACUUUGGAAGUGAUGAAACUGAAGAUGAUAAUAAGGAGUAUGAUGCCUAUCUGUCCUACACUAAAGUGGACCUUGACUGUUUGGGCAGCCGGGCGAGCAGUGAUGAGGAAACAUUUGCUUUGGAGAUCUUGCCAGACGUUUUAGAGAAACAUUAUGGAUACAAGCUGUUUAUACCAGACAGAGAUCUAAUACCCAGCAGUACUUACAUUGAGGACUUGGCUCGUAGCGUGGAGCAGAGCAGACGCUUGAUCAUCGUUUUGACUCCAGAGUUUGUCGCCAAAAGAGGGUGGAGCAUCUUCCAGAUAGAGACACGCCUGCACUCCAUGCUGGUCACUGGGGAGAUCAAGGUGAUCAUGAUAGAGUGUGCAGACCUGAAGAAUGUCAUUAACUACCAAGAGGUGGAGGCACUGAAACAUACAAUCAAGGCUUUAUCCAUCAUCAAGUGGAGGGGUCCUAAGAGCAAUGAGCUGUCAUCUAAGUUUUGGAAACAGGUGGUCUAUGAGAUGCCUGCUAAACGCAGGGAGACGUUGUCCAGACGCCAGGUGAUGGACUCUGGUGAACAAGGCCUCUUUGGUGACCUGCAGACCACCGUCUCCACUAUUGCCAUGACAACCACCUCCGCCUCCUUGGCACCCCCUAAUGAGAGUCGCCAUGGGCAUCAUCAGGUUGCCUUGGCGACAGAGAUCCCUGACUACAACCAGAUGACAUUGCCACUGGGAGGCGGUCACACUGCCACAGCAGCCCAAAUGAGGCAUUUCUGCCGCAGCUACGAGUUCCAGCUUCCCACACAGCCUCCCUCCCUGUCGCCUCCUCUCCCACCUCCCUCCACCGUGCAGUUCUCCACUCUGGGCCCCGGGGGGCGCCACGUCUAUUGCAACAUCCCCAUGACACUGCUGAAUGGACAGGUUUCUCAGAGCAGUACGCUUGGGAAGAAACCAGAACUCCACCUGAACAGCACCUUCGUACCGCUCACCAGCAGAGAACUAAGCUCUGACAUCUGGUAGAGGGACUCCUCAACUGGUGCUGGAUUACAGACCGGUUUAUAAACUGCUUUUACACUGGCUUUGGAAAUGGGGUAGACUGGUUGGUCGACUGGUUCUCAUUGGGGUUUUUGGACUGUGUACAGCCUUAGUUUUUCAGGAGGGACUGCUUGAGGACUGCCUGCAGACUAGUUUUGGGCCACUUCAUCCCACGCUGUGAACAAAGGACUGCUUGAAGACUGAAUAAGCCUUGGAUUCACAAUGGUUGGAUAUACCAGCUUCAGACUGCUUACAGACAGACAGAUUCAGAUUAUAAAACUGAUUGUAUGCUGGUAUCGGACAUACCAACCGGUUACAGACUGAUUCAAACUGCUUUGUAAGCUGUGUAGCCAUGAUCAUUGGAAAGGAGCACUGUUAUACAACACGACUGGUCAUACACAUUCGAGGGAUGCAGAGAGUUUGUUGACAGUUAUGGACAUGUGGAUGUGAUGAACUGGGAAAGUCAAUGAAAAGGUCCAGGAUACCUAAACAGUGAGGAGGUAUCCACAAACAGGAGUGCGCCAUCUGUCGUACAAGCGACCAAGUUGGACCUCGGAGCACAAAAAAAAUCUCGAAUUGCUGUCUGCUCACACACCAGCUGUGUAAUCGGAAACAAGUUGAUUUGUCAGCUGCUUAACUGCUCGGAAGUAUCAGUCGACUGAAAAACAAAAGUAGCGUAAUCUCAGAAAGCCAGUCGGUCUUCUACCUAUCUGAGUUGUCAGUGUAUCCAUCUAUCUGUUGACUAGGUGGCUUGUCAGUAAAUGAGGCAGACUUAAAGCAAUGAUUUUGGAAUACCAGUCCACCUUAAAACAACAAGUCAACCUCUUGAAACAAUUCCUGGCCAGCUAGUGAGCUACCUGGUUUGGUUCUUAGAAGCUAAAAUGGUUGACUUAAAAGAAAUGGAUUCCAGCAAGAUUAUCAAGAUAAGAAGUGUGAAGUGAUUGCUAAACCUAUGUACUGAGAAAGUGCAGUUAAAUGGUGUAUACAGAAACAUGUAGCUAGUUGUAAAGACUAGCUGACUAAAGGCUAGUUAUGUCUUGAGGUAAAAGGCACCAAGAGACUGCAAAGCAGCCAGCUCACCUUGUAACCCAGUAAUCAGCAAUUAGUCAAGUCAUCAAGAACUGGCCAAGAGGUGACCUGCCAACUUUUACCAACAAGCUAAAAGCAUAAAGGACUUGGCUUUUUCUAUUUGCAUGACCACCCAUUUAGAUAAAAAAAAAUAAUAAUCAAAUAAAUAUAGA